AUGCCUAAUAAUAACGACGAAAUUAUACAUUAUAAAAAGACUGAACCAACGAAAAUCCUGAACUACCAAAACGUAGGAGAAUCCCCAGAAAACACAAUACGUGAAUUUAAAAUUAGAACUGGUGAAGGAGUUUUAGCAUAUCAUACAGUUGUCCAUCACCAAACAUACAGUUCUAUGGAGUGUACACCAAAACUUAAUAAAACGAUAUUUUUAGACUCAGACGUGGCAAAAAAUAUGACUUGUGGUAAAACUAAAACAGAGGCCAUAGUUAACAAUGUCUUGGCACCCCAUGCUAAACAAACUCUAAUAAACACCUUAAAUAACAUUCCGUUUUAUGGAUUGGGUACUGAUGUUAGUAAUCACGGAGCAGUAAGAAUGUUCCCCAUUGUUGUUCAAUAUUUUGAUUGGCAAAAGGGUAUCCAAACAAAACUAUUAGAAUUAGCAUCUCUCACCAGUGAAACUUCAGAGGCAAUAGCCGAAUAUAUUAUGUCAACUCUGAAAAGAGAAAACAUAUUGUCGAAAUGUGUUGCUUUUGCUGGGGACAAUGCCAAUGUAAAUUUUGGAGGGCUUUCAAGGAAGGCAGGAAAUAAUGUUAUCACAAGACUUAAACAAAAUUUAAAUACAUGCAUAUUGGGAGUUGGAUGUUCUGCACAUAUCUUGCAUAAUUGUUUGCAAUAUGGAGCUGAUUCACUUCAAGUCGAUAUUGAAUGCAUAAUCUUUAAAAUUUUCAAUUAUUUUUCAAUAUAUACAGUGCGCACGGAAAAAUUAAGAGAGUUUUGCGACUUUGUUGAUAUAUCAUUCCAGCAAUUGCUUUACCACAGCAAGACAAGAUGGUUUUCUNCAAAAUGUUGUCCCGAGAAAACCAGGGUUGAAGACUCUAAACGUACGGGGUCGGGGGCUGAUGAUAUUUAUGAACCAUCUCUUUGGUAUUAUGAUAUUUUAUUUUUUACUGCUGAAAGCGAAAGAGGAAGAAAGGGAAAAUCAAAUUAUGAGGAAAUGGAAGUGGAUAGAGAACAAGAUAAGGUGAUGUAUAAUUAA